UGUCCCACACUUCACUUUCACCCAACAAUUUAAAGAGAAGAAUUAAAAGAGCUUCUCUUUGAGUAUCUACUCCAUUCAUAUUUUUAAGUAUACCAUUACAAGAAAUUUCCACUUCAAUAGAACUCUCUCUUGUUUUCUUUAAUUUAUUUUCUGCAUUGAUCAUCAGUGAUGAAAUUGUUUUGACAUGGCUCUGAAUAUUUUAUUAAAUAUAAGAUGUUUUGGUUCACAACUUGGUGUGACUGAAUCUAUAAGUAGUAAACAUUGUGGAGUUGGUUGUCAUGGUGGCAAAAAUGGUGUUUUGGGGGGUCUAUUUGCCAAUUUUAAAGUAAGGUCAGUUGAAGAUGAAAGUACAUCAAAUUCUGAUUCAGAGAUGCAAAGGCCAGUUGAUCAAACAGAAACUAAGUUGGAUAAGAAAUUUCCAAAGGACUUGAGCUCUUUACCAAGACCAUUAUCUAUUACGGAGGCUUCGAGUGAUGGUUCAAAGGUGCGGAUAUCCUUUAAGGGGGUUCCAGGGGCAUACAGUGAGGAAGCAGCCUUAAAAGCAUAUCCUCAAUGUGAGACGGUUCCUUGUGAUGAAUUUGAAGAUGCAUUCAAGGCUGUUGAACAGUUGCUGGCUGAAAAAGCCGUUCUUCCUAUUGAGAAUUCUCUAAGCGGUAGUAUUCACUGGAACUAUGAUUUACUCCUUCGUCACAGGCUGCAUAUUGUUGGUGAGGUUCAGCUGGCUGUUAAUUUCUGCCUUCUAGCCCUUCCCGGUGUUAGGAUGGAGCAUGUCAAACGUGUUCUGAGCCAUCCGCAGGCGCUUGCACAUAGUGAUAGUUUUCUAAGUAAGUUAGGUGUCAUCAGAGAAAACGUUGAUGAUGCAGCUGGAGCUGCUCAGCUGCUUGCCUUGAAGAAGAUGAUGGAUGCCGGCGUAGUUGCCGGUUCUCGAGCUGCAGCAAUCUAUGGGCUCAAUGUGCUUGCUGAAAGCAUUCAGGACAACUCUGACAGUAUAACGCGUUUUCUGGUGCUUGCUAGAGACCCUAUAAUUCCAAGUACCGAUAAGUCUUUCAAGACUAGUAUCGUCUUUUCGUUGGAAGAUGGCCCUGGCGUUCCGUUUAAAGCAUUGGCUGUAUUUGCUGUGCGGGAUAUUAAUUUGACAAAGAUUGAAAGCAGACCACAGAGAAAGCAGCCACUACGAGUAGUCGAUGCAUUCAAUACAGGGACUGCCAAGUACUUUGACUACCUUUUCUAUAUAGAUUUUGAGGCAUCCAUGGCCGAACCUCGUGUUCAAUAUGCUUUAGGGCAUUUGCAGGAAUUCGUGACAUUUCUACGAGUACUGGGUUGUUAUCCGAUAGAUGCAGUGCAAUAGAUGUUUAAUCUUGUGUCAUUUCCUGGAAGUAUUGGUUGUUCCUAUUUAAGAGCUGAAGUUGUUGUUAUUUGACAUGAGAACAUGAGAAAGCUGUUGGGGAUAUAUACUAUUAACCAUGUGUUUGGAUAUAGUAUUUUUAUAGAACAAUUAUUUAUUCAUUUUUUUAAUAAAGAGUUAAAUAGAUCAUGUAUUAAUAUGUGUGUCCUUUACUUAUAUAAUAAAUGAUUUAGUGUAUAGAGUUUAGGUUAUACACGGAAGAUUAAAUUGUCGGUUUUUAUAAGUAUAAAGUUUAUGUUCACAAUCUAAGAUGGAAAUUGGACAAAGCCAUCGGUAUGAUUGUAACACAAGAUUAAAUAUAAUGUAUCUUUAUUAUGGGAACGGUAUUGUUCUGUCUUCUUGUGCUAGUACAUUUUGUAUGUAUUGAA